GAUCAGUUCAAAGUGAUCGUCACCACCGGAGCCAAAGUCAUGAUCAACAGCUUCACCAUCGGACAGGAGGCAGAGAUCGAAACCCUGACCGGAGAGAAAAUCAAGGCUGUCGUGAAUAAAGAGGGAAACAAGCUAAAGACCGUCCUGAACAAAGUCACGUCCGUCACGGAGCUGGUGGAUGGAAACACGCUGGUCAAUACUCUGACUCUUGGCAGCCUUGUCUACAAGAGGAUCAGCAAACGCCUGGCCUAAAAAGAGACCACACUCACAUGACUUGACAAAAAGAAUAACAUAAAGGGAUAGUUUUAUUAAAGAUU